AGUGUCUCCUUUACUACUUAUACUGCUGACUCCACAUUGGGAGUUUACGACAGGAGCAUGUUUCUGCCUGCCAUUAAAGGGAAUUCCACAGCACACGGUCUUUCCACUCCCAAUACCCUGGACAGAGCCAACCUGUUGAGUAAGGCAGAGGAUCUGCCAGACGAGACUGGGCCCAAGGAGCAAGGCGGCGAUGGGCAGAUGAGGAGAACGAUAGAGGGGCAGCACCUGGACAGAAAGCAGCAACCGAAGAGACUGUCUGUGGGCAGCAACCUGGUGGAGUACAUGGACGCCUAUAAGUGCAUUGAGGAGCUUCUCAAACAGCUGGAAGACGAGCGGAGGAAUGUCCGAAGGGAGAAGCUGGCUGUGGCUCGCCUGCAGAGGGAAGUCGCACGGAGCAAAAGCGAAGGAACAAUGCGAGAAAAGCUGAUUCACGAGCUAGAGGAAGAGCGACGCUUGCGAUUGGACAGUGAAAAGCGGCUUCGGGAAGUGACGAAGGAGUCGGAGCUGGGCCAGGCACAGAUGGUUUCACUACAGCAGCACUUCACUAGGAUGGAAGAGACAGUGCGAACGCUGCUGCAGACCCAGGGGGUGCUGGAGCAGACAGCCGUGGACACUGUGGACAUUAUGAAGGUUUACAAGGAUAAACUCUCGGAGGAGGUGCAGAAGACGUGCGACAGCCUGGGGCGGAACAACAUCGGGAGCGGCCUGCUGCCGGUCGACAAGACAGCAACAGCAGACCCUUUACUGGCCGACGUAGGCAGCCUCAGCGGAGCGGAAGAGCUCCAGGACCAAACCAAUCUCCUUCUGGAGCGUCUGCGGACCCUAGAGGAGGAGAACUCUGCCUUGGCCAUGGAGAACGAGAGCCAGAGGGAACAGUAUGAGCGCUGUCUAGACGAGGUUGCCAAUCAAGUCGUGCAGGCCCUGCUCACUCAGAAGGACCUAAGAGAAGAGUGUCUGAAGCUGCGGACCAGGGUGUUUGACCUGGAGCAACAGAACCGCACCAUGAGUGUCCUCUUCCAGCAGAGAGUCCGACCCGUACCAGAUCUGCUCCUGCAGAAACUUCACUCUCGGAUAAUGGACUUGUCUGCUGCCGAUCUCCUCCUAGACCCGGAGAGAAGCAAAAGCUUUCUGCUAUCCCGGAACACAGACUGCCCUCAUGACGUCCCGGCGAACGUAAGGUCGGCCGGGUUCCCUCUUGCCAGGUGCCUGAGCCAGCUGAGUUUGACCGUGCCCGUCCCAGUCUACCAGCGCAGCAGCUGCAGCAGCAGUGAGAUGUCCCUGUCCAGCACCUGCAGCGAGUACUCCAGCGGCUCCCACACCUGGAACGACAGGCGCUCCUGUGGCCGAACGUCUUCCCUGAUGUGGGAGAAGAGGCUGAGCCUGGGUUCGUCCGCCCCGGGGGACAUAUGCGCCCCACUGGAAGAGCAACUCCCCACAAGGAGGAAAGAGAGCCACAUCCUGGAAGGCCUGCGGAAGCUGCAGCGGAGAAAACCCAGAGACUCCUCGUCCUACCGCGUCUCCAAGUCGGCUGAAAAGGACUGUAUGAACUCUAACGAGGGCAUCUACUCGCUGGGGAUUAAGCCUGGGAAGGAGAAACCCACGUAUCUGGGAAGGGGAACCCCCUCGGGGGGCAUCAGGACGUUUGUGUAUGACUCUGAUGAUGCUGACGAUGAGGCGCCGAUCACAGUAGACUGCAGGCGAGACGGUGUCCCAAGGAAGGACGGGGGCUGGAUGUAUUUCAAAAAGCUGUCGCACAGUGUCUCGGACAGUCUGUGUAGUUGGGACGGGCUGCAGGACAGUGGGAUAGCAGGAGACAGUAACUGCAGCGUGGAUGCUAAGCACCCACCUGGCUAUAACUCCAAGGAGAGGCCAGAAAAGCUCAUGAGCUUCAUUAACAGUUUUCUUUCUGGAGGGCGGACCGCGGCUGUUCUAAACCCCUCCCUAUUGCACUUUGAUGUCAGUCCCACGGAGCUUGAGUGCCCCCUCCAUCUCUCUGACACGGACCCUGAGGAUCUGCGCUCUGAGAACAGCGACCAAUGGCCACCUGUUAGCAGGAUAGCUGAGCAGCCAGAGCAGAAGGCCAUCAAGAGGCUCUCAAGAGACGACAAGCUGCUUCGCUUGCAGUGCUUGAGAAGGGACCCUGUCCGAACUCAGUCGGCAGACGGAAGGCCUAGGUCCUUUGGCUUAAUUAAAGAGCAGACUGGGGCCAAAACACAGUCUGAGGAGAGUAUAAUGGCUAUAUUCGAUGCUGACGGCCAGCCGAUUGAACUCAGUGCACAGGAGUCUGAGGUUGGUCCUAAGGCUUUGAAAGAAAUUCCUGGGAUAAAGGGGAAUGGGGUUGCUGAGUAUGCAAAACUGGGAUCUCAUGUCGAGCCUAUUCACAGGAACUACACUGUGCUAGAAUCCCCCGAAAAGCCGUCUGAAAGUCAGAGAAACUCCAGCAGGAGAACCAGCAGUAAUAGCAGGGAGGGAAGCAUGGAAAGGUUGCAAACCCAACUUACUCCAGAGCGAAAAUUGAUAAAGCCACCUUCCAGUCGAAUCAGCAAAGGCCACUCGGUCCCUCCCGUGAACAGUGCUUCUCCCAGCCCCAAAGCAAAUGGAUCGAAGAUUCCCAGCAGCCGGGGGAAAGGAUCCCCACUGAAAGUGUCCAAGGGCUGUAUAACAGAAACCAGCAACAGUGGACCGACAUCUGGAUCCAUAACUCAGGAGUCAAAGUCGCCUUCUUCUCCUCCAGUCAAGAUGUCCAGGUUCAUCAAAGCUCCAGGUUGCACUACAAGCCCCAAGACGGCGGCCAGCAACCUUCCCAGCAGGAACGAUUGGACAAAGUGUUCCGCAUCUAGUGUUCCAUCCAUCUCCCCACACCUCACAAGAAGGCACCUAGAUCAUGUGGAUUACGGGGAGCAGCCUACCAGAGACAGACACUGUGAAGCCAGCAACAAAACUGAACUCAGGUCUCCCUCUCCACCCCCGCCUCCAGGCCGGACCACCUCAUUACUUAUCAGACCAAAUUACGAUGGGUCACCUCAAGCACUUAAACCAGGGGCUCAACCAUCCAUGUCUACCACUGUGAGGGGGCCACCUCCGAAUUACCACCCCCCGCCUGUACCAAAUAUGCACCAUUCAUUGCCACCGCCGCCCUACAAAGGCCAAGAUACUAUAGACAUGGACGCUGGCUAUGGUACCGCAAUUGCACCUCAGAAAACAGUGGUCCCUGCAUCAAAUCAGACCCCUUCUAAAGGCACUUCGAAACGGGUCCCCACAAAACUCUACCUCCCCUCAUCACCCUCAGGGCCAGAUUACCCUGAGAAUGGACCUAAAAGCUCAAAGAAUGUUCCUCCGCCCUCAUAUAACUCUCAACGAGGCUCUUCGCUUCAGAGCACAUGUACAAGCAAGAAAGGAUCUUCCAGUGACAAUGGGCAUCCUAUAUCGUAUAAGACCUCUAGUAGUUUGCCUGUGACUCUGGCGGAUCAUCCUGGGUGUCCAACAGAACCUCACAGUAAUACGUCUCAGCCUCCCCAGGCAGUAGAAAAUGCAACCAUCUCAGAAACUAGCGUGAAGAAUUCUGCUGAGAAAUUGUCAAAGACGCGCAUUCCCAUGGGAUUUAGAGCUUUUGUGAAGUUGCCCCCCUCACCACAGAAAGGCUCCGCCGUGAUACCAGGAAAGCAAGAGAAAGAUCAUAUCAACUCUGUCUCUAAAGAGAGUGUGACUUCAAAUGCUUUGGCCCCAUGUGACAGUUCUCAGGCAGUGUGUAAUAUUGAAUCACUGUCCAUAAUGGGGACUAAGGUUGAGGACCAAUUGGAUCCACAAUCCCCUGAGUUGGUAGAGCAGGCGGAGUUUGGUGACAAGUCGAGUCGUGACAGUAGACUAUUCAAGAGGUCGAUAUCUGUCACGACCAAACCUCACUUGAAGCCCGCCCUUGGAAUGAAUGGAGCAAAAGCACGCAGCCAGAGUUUCAGCACCAACUACAUGGAAAAACCCAACAUCAAUCUGUCAGAUGGACAUGCGAAGAUUCGAACUGGUAUCAUCACAAACUCUGGAGAGAGGGGUAACUCGUUAACUAGGCAGAGCUCUUGUGUUGAUGGCUUACAGAUCAAAACAAGUAGCAAAUCUGGGGAAAGUCCGGUCCGUUCCCCCACCAACAGGCUAAGCUACUACGGAGGCAUGACGGGCUCCACCAGCCACCCAGGCCUUCCGGAGAGAUCCUCCAGAUCGGUCUUGAAAGGGGACGAUUCACUGGGUACUGCAAAAGGAGAAAACAUCCCAGUUCCACAUCAGAAAGAAGUGCGUAGCUUACCUCUUGUAAACCGGAUCGGCUUAAAGAACUCCCGAAAUCCCAAAAAGGUUGCAUCCCAUCCUCAGUUUGAGUUGUCGGCUACUCCUGUCUUUAGCCCAGAGACGACAACGUUAGGUGAAAAGGUGCUCAGUGCCAGCAAACUGGACUGUUCAAACAGCAUUAAAGCCCAGGCCAGCAGUUCCCAAGCAAUGCUUGAUGAGGCAGAGCAACCAGUUAGCCCCAUAGUCUGCACCAUUGAGGAGAAGGUCAUGAUGGGGAUCGAGGAAAAUAUCCAGAAAGGUCAGGGUCAUGAAAAGGUCACAGCACCUGAGACAAAGCAGAAGAUCGCCCCAUCUCUUGCCAACUGGUUUGGCCUACGUAAAAGUAAGCUACCAGCCUCGAAUGGUAAGAAAUCUGAUACCACCUCUCCGAAAGGCAAAGAGGAGAAAAAAGACCUGAAGAUCGGAUCCGUGCUGGGAGGCAAACAUAUGAAAUCAGACAAAAAGAAGGACAAGAAGAAAAACGAUAGCCCACUCUAUGAAAAGACUACAGAGCUAACGCUCUCAGAGAACAAACUGAGCUCCAUCAUGGACCACUGCAAUAUGCAAAUGGGCCAGAUAGCCAAUCAGAUCCAUUGUUCUACCACCUACAUCGGGAAAGACCAGUUAAUGAAAGAACUCCUGGGCAGGAGUGUGGGGAAGAGCGACUCCACUGCCGAAUCUCUCCCUGGCAUCUCUAUCCCCAAGAAAAACAGCGAAACGAGGGGCGGAAUGGAGAUCUGCACGGAUACAGCUACCAUCAUUGUGACACAGAAGAUUAACCUGCGAGGAGAGAACGAGGAGGCGACGGGUCCGGAUCACUUGAUAGGCUCAAGCUGUCAGAUGAGAACCCUGGACAGUGGGAUCGGCACCUUUCCCCUCCCCGACUCCGUCACCCGGGUCAACGGGCGCCACAUUCCCAAAUCCGAGUCCAGCCCCGACCGGAUGGCGGCGAAGAUGUCAAGUCCCGCCGACCCCGACCAAGACCUCCCCUCUGUUUCAGCCGGUCGUCCCACUGCCCACAUCAAAGUGCCUCAGACCCACCAGCACACCACGCCCGCCCCCGGCCACUUCCUGUCCGAGCCUGCAGUUACCGGAGGGGGCCGCGGACUAGACGUUACCAGCAGGCUCCCCAGGCCGUCCGCCUCAGAUGUGAUCAGAACCAAGCGUCCGGGUCAGAUAGAAUUCCGCAGCACCAGCCGGUCAGUGAAUACAGAGGCCCAAGAGAAACACGUGUCAAAGAAGAGGAACACCAAAGACCCUAAUUCGGCCAGUGACAGAGCCCUGAGAGUGUGCAAGUACUCUGCCAGCAGCAGUGACACAGAGACCGAGUCAGUGGGGAACACUCUCGUGUCCCCCCGCAGGACUCUGACCAACGGAGCCAAGACCAGCCACCAAGUUGACAACGACAAGGAGACGAUGAAGAGGAGCAGUUUGGAAAAGUAUCCAUUGAUCAUGGAUUACCAUGAACAUGACGUGUUCUCCCUGGAGAAGGAGGCGCAGCGGAGGAGUAUCUCUCAAUACAACUUGUUGCACAACCAGUCAUCGUUACAGGGCAAAGCAGGAGACAGACUGAGCAAAGGGAAUCAACCGGACAAGCUGACAGGCAGCUGUGGAAUCCAGACCGGCUCCAGGGACGUAUCCUUGGAGUCCCUGAACAAGCUGAACGGCACCGGGCCGGGUCUGUACCCGGAGGCAGGGCUGAGGCCUGUCAGUGCUAACUGCUCCUGCUCCACCGGGGAGAGAGUGGGGGACUGCUGCUGUGGCACGGCCGACAACGAGCCUUCGUCCUCCAGCUACUCCUGCAGCAGGCCCGGAGCGGAGCACUCUCUCAGCGACUCGCUUUACGACAGCUUCUCCUCGUGCACCAGCCAAGGCUCUAAUGAUGUGUAGGGGCGGGGGGGGGGGGGGGGG